GCGGGCCGGGCGGAUCCGUUACCGCAGCUCCUGCAGAAUCUGCUCCCGCUCCGCAAUGGCCCCCAAAAAAGAAGUCAAGAAGGAAGCCGCAAAACCUGCCGCACCCGCACCGCCUCCCGCAGAAGCCGAACCACCUAAGGAGCCAGCCUUCGAUCCCAAGAGUGUCCGGAUUGAAUUCAGCAAUGACCAGAUUGAAGAAUUCAAGGAAGCUUUCGCCCUUUUCGACAGGACCCCAUCCUGUGAGAUGAAGAUCACCUAUGCUCAGUGCGGUGAUGUCAUGCGAGCUCUCGGGCAGAACCCCACCAAUGCUGAGGUCAUGAAGGUCCUGGGCAAACCCAAACCAGAAGAGAUGAACCAGAUGAUGUUGGACUUUGAGACUUUUCUCCCAAUGCUGCAACACAUCUCAAGAAGCAAGGACCAGGGCACCUUGGAGGAUUUUAUAGAAGGCUUGAAAGUCUUUGAUAAGGAAGGAAACGGCACAGUGAUGGGGGCCGAGCUUCGUCAUGUGUUGGCGACUCUGGGAGAGAAGAUGUCAGAGAGUGAGGUGGAGCAGUUGAUGGCCGGACAGGAGGAUUCCAACGGGUGCAUCAACUAUGAGGCUUUUGCAAAGCACAUCUUAUCAGGAUGAAAUACUUCCAGCUGUGAGUUCACAGUGCAACUACUGGUGAAGGAGUAGAAGAUGCGAAUCAGUCAAUGUCUCAACAAUGUCAUUAACAACUGCUGCUGUGGCCACCUUGAUGUUACCCAGCAAGUGAACACCUUCACAUAUCAUUGGGCAGGACUGCUUUCAGAACUGAAACCUAUCUGCUCUCACUGUGUGCACUGUGUUGUGUCUCAGGACAAGCUCCACCAAUCUCAGACCAUC